AUGGUGGUGCCCCAUUACGUCUACCUAAAGUUGAAGAUGUCGGGUCCCAAGGGCAUCAUCGCCGUAGAAGACGACUACAGAAAAUCCGUUAAGUGCGCGGAAGCCGGCUCCAAGCUAACUGAGUCUCUAGUCAUUGCAGAGGAGAAGCGCCAGCUAGACCUGCUCGUGGCACUAUCCCGCGAGCAGCCGGCCGUGCCGGAUCCUCCUUCCCUACAGUCGGCCAACAAGGCGACCUUCCAACCGUCCAAGGACACCAAGCAAGUUCCACUUGACCCGGCCAACCCAGCCCAGUGCGUCACUGUCAGCACCCACCUCGACAGAAAAUAG